AUGAAGUUCACAUCCACCACGAUCCUAGCCACCGCUAUACUAGCAGGCACAUCUUUCGCUGCCCCUCGCAGCGGCCUGAUUGACCGACUGCAGUCCCGUGGCACUCUGUCACGUCAGUCACUACCCGCCGAGAAGAAGGGCGUUCUGCUCAAAGAAGCAGCCGCGGGAGCCAAUGUUCAAUACAGCAAAAACUGGGCUGGGGUGGUACGCGAGCAGCCACCCGCCAGCGGUACCUACAGCGCUGUGUCUGCAACGUUCACUGUCCCCGAGCCAACGGCCACCAACGACUCCGGGGAGAUGCAGGCCGUGUCCGCCUGGGUCGGUAUUGAUGGUGACACUUACACCAAGGCCAUUCUGCAAACUGGCAUCGAUACCUAUAUCCAGGAUGGCAAGAAGACAUUUGAUGCCUGGUACGAGUGGUAUCCAUUGAGUGCGGAGAACUUUGACCUUGCAUUGUCGGCGGGCGACGUUAUCGUCGCGAAGGUCGAGACAUAUUCGCCCAGCAAGGGUGCUGCCAUCAUCGAGAAUAAGUCCAGCGGCCAGACUGUUACCAAGACUCUGUCUGCACCCUCGGCCGACGCCACCCUUGCUGGCCAAAACGCCGAAUGGAUAGUUGAGGACUUCAACACCGGUAACAGCAUGGUUCCCUUGGUCAACUUCAACAGAGUAGACUUUACCGGUGCGCAGGCCGAGGCCGGUGGUGCGAAACAUGGUGUCAACAAUGCUGCCGUUCUGGAUAUCCAGCAGAAUGGUGAUGUGAAGGCUCAUGUGGAAAUCCAGAGUGACACCGAGUUCUUUGUUACCUACCAGUAA